UGGUUGUUGUGUGUCGUUUGAUUGCCUACCUUGUGCGGGCAAUCCUGUGCGUGUAUAGCGAGCCGAGCAGCAAUAACAGUCGACAGGCUGGCGAAAACGCAGUUCAGUCGAGCUGCUGGCAAACGGUGUCACCAGUUCUCACCCUCGUCUGGCCAAUUGAAAGGAAUGCCCUUUAACUGCAGUCGCGAUUGUGUGGGUAUUCGAUACCGCAUCAACUCGCUGCACCAAACCUGGAAGUGGCUGCACCAGACCAUCGCCCUGCACGAGUACCUGAUUUCCAUGAGCGCAGCUGACACGAAUAACACCAAGCAGCCGCACUCCUCCGCUCAGCCACAGCAGGGAAACAGCUUCUUCGGCAUCGGACAGCAAAACAACAUCUGCGUUGCCUGCUAAGAAGGACAAAGAAAGCGUAAAGGAAGAGUGCAAAAGUGUAUCCUUACGACGUACGUUUUCCCAGUGUGUGGUGCUUAGGAAACAUAAGGCAGCAAAAGUAAUUUAGUGCAAUAAAAUUCCUGUUCCUCGUUUGUGCCUUAAACGAGCAGUGCAUUAUUAGUUGUAGCAACAUCAGUAAACUCUAGUCAGCAGACGAACACGUCAUCGUACCGUAUCGAACCGUAUCGGCUUCAAAGACUGGCCACACGAGU